ACCUGGGCAGGUAUAAAUAGCCACCAGCAAGGACGGCCUGCUGCACUUUGAUUUCCUGUAUCUCGCUGCGCAGAGCUUUGCAUCUGAAUAUCUGAUCCGUUCACCAUGAGCUGCAGCAUCAAGAGAACAUCCAGCACCUCGUACAGGAGCGGAGGAGGAGGUGGAGGCGCCUGCGGCGGCAGCAGCGGCCGCAGCUCCUCCGUGUCCUGCCGGCGCUACGCCUCCUCCGUCAUCGGCGGCGGCAGCUACGGCGGGGCAGCCUGCGGGGGCUACGGGGGCGGCCUGAGCAUGGGCAGCCUUGCCGGGGGCUUCGGCGGGGGCUUUGCGGGCAUCUGCGGCCCUGGGGGGGACCUGCUGCUCAGCGGCAAUGAGAAGGUCACCAUGCAGAACCUCAACGACCGCCUGGCCUCUUACCUGGACAAGGUGCGAAGGCUGGAGGAGGAGAACGCUCAGCUCGAGCACCACAUCCGGGAGUGGUACAGGAAACAAGCUCCCAGCGUUUCCAAGGACUACAGCUCCUACUACCAGACCAUCGAACAACUCCAGAAUCAGAUUAUUUCUGCCACUGUGGACAACAACAGGAUGAUUCUGGACAUCGAUAACAGCAAGAUGACUGCUGAUGACUUCAGAAUGAAGUAUGAGAACGAGCUGGUCAUCCGUCAGACCGUGGAGGGUGACAUCAAUGGCCUGAGAAACAUCCUGGAUGGUCUCACUACCACUCGGUCUUCCCUGGAAUCUGAGCUGGAGUCCUUGAGGGAUGAGCUGAUGGCUCUCAAGAGAAACCAUGAGGAGGAAAUGAGGCAGCUCCAGUCCCAAACUGGUGGCGACGUGAGCGUGGAGGUCAAUGCUGCCCCUGGAGAAGACUUGACAAAGAUCCUGAAUGACCUGAGAGAUGAAUAUGAGCAGAUCAUUGAGAAGAACCGCAGGGAGGUGGAGCAGUGGUACGAGGUCAAGAUCCAAGAAGUCAACCAGCAGGUCACUUCCAGCAGCCAGGACAUCCAGACAAGCAGCCACCAGCUCACGGAGCUGAGGCGCGAGAUGCAGAACCUGGAGAUCGAACUGCAGGCACAGCUCAGCACGAAAAGCUCUCUGGAGAACUCCCUGGCAGAAACCGAGUCUCGCUAUGGCCGCAUGCUCCAACAAAUCCAGGCGCAGAUCAACUGCAUCGAGGAGGAGCUGGCCAGCAUCCGCUGUGAGAUGGAGGGUCAGAGCCAGGAGUACAAGAUGCUGCUGGGCAUCAAGAUGCGCCUGGAGCAGGAGAUCCAGCAGUACCGGGCGCUGCUGCAGGAGGGGCAGCAGGAUCUUGUAUCAUGUCAAGGAGCUCUCCAAGGAGGAGGAAUGUCCUCCCACUCUUCUAGUUCUUACAGUCAUGGUCAAUCUAGUGACAAGGCAGGGCAGUCAAGAGUGUGUUAAGGCACCACCGACGUGUUGGGCUUCCCUGCUGCAGUCAGUGCCGUGGGAGCAGCCGGCCCACAGCGCGGUAACGCGCAGCCCGCACGCGCUGUGACCUCCCCACGCCCACACUGCUCUCCAAGUGCUCUUCAUGAAAUCAAAACUAAUAACUACUAGGCUUUUCCUAAAAUUAUCUAGUCCUCCCUUUCCAUGCUGUCCAUCACUGUGAUCACUGUGCUCACACACAGGGCUCUGCAGUGCACUUGGUUCUCUACUGAACAAGAGAUCCCUCAAAUAAAGCUUUACCUUUCUGCAAU